AUGAAAACCCCAAAUUAUUCAUCUGCAUCAACCAAGCCCCGCUUCUGGGAUGUGUAUAAAGGAGGCUCUCAGGGGUGUCAGAGCAGAGGGGCCCUUUUUGAGCUGCUCUCUUCCAGCAGCCCCACAUCCCUGAUCCUGUCCCUGGUCACAUCUGCCAGCAUGAGCCAGCAGCUGUCAGCUGGGAGGUGUCGUCAUGGGAGGAAUUUCUCAGCAUCUUCUGUUGUGAGCGGUGUGAGCCGCUGCCAGAGCAGCACCUUCCCCUCUGCUGCACCACUGGGCAGAGGGCACGGAGCCUGGAGCAGCCAAAGCCUCUGUGACGUGGGGGGCUGGAAGUGGAUUUCUGCUGGCCACAGCCUGGCACGGGCGGGCUGUGGAGGGUGGGGGCACAGGGGUGUACGCGCCUGCAGUGAAAGGGGGGGUCAGGGGAGAGCCUUCAUCUGCAGAAGUGAAGGUAUUCAUGUGGUGCACGUCAACGAGAGCCUGCUGCAGCCUCUUGAUGUGAAGAUCGACCCCGAAAUGCAGCACAUCCGAAGGCAGGAGCGAGAGCAGCUGAAGAGCCUCAACAACCAGUUUGCCUGCUUGAUUGACAAGGUGCAGCGUCUGGAGCAGCGGAACAGGCUGCUGGCCACCAAAUGGGACCUCCUCCAAAAGCAGGUCCUGCCAUCCCAGAAGAACUUCAGGCAGGUCUUCGACAACUUCAUCUGCAGCCUGCAGAGGCGGCUGGACUCGCUGCUGCAUGAGAGGGAGAGGAUGGAGCCUGAGCUGAACAACACGGAGAAGCUUGUUGAAGAGUUCAAAUGCAAAUACGAGCAGGAAGCAAGCAGACGCACAGCUGCUGAGAAUGAGUUCGUGUUACUGAAGAAGGAUGCGGACUGUGUCUAUCUGACCAAGGCAAAGCUGGAAGCAAAGCUGGAAACCCUAAAGCAGGAGAGAGAGUUCCUGAAGUGUGUGUCGGCUCAGGAAAUUGCUGAGCUGGAGACAAGCCUCUGUGAUAACUCCAUUGUUGUGAAAAUGGACAACAGCCGAGGUCUGGACAUGGAAGGCAUCCUCAGGAGCAUUGAUUGCUGGUAUGAGGAUGCAGCUCAGAAAAGCAAGACAGAGUUGGAUGCAUUGUACAGAACAAGGUACCAAGAGCUUGAGGAGGCAAAGAGGAGUCAUUGCAAUCAACUCAAGUCCCACCAGCAACAGAUUGAAGAGCUGAGUUUUGUGAUCCAGAGAUGGCAGUGUGACCUUGAAAACGUGAAGAAGCAGGUGUUCUCUCUGCAAAAAUCAGUUAGGGAUACUGAGCAGCGCGGGGACUGUGCCCUGAAGGAUGCGCAGAAGAAACACACGGAGCUGCAGAACGCCCUCCAGAAGGCCAAGAACGAGCUGGCUUCCAUGCUGCGGGGUUACCAGGAGCUGCUGAACGUCAAGCUGGCCCUGGACAUUGAGAUUGCAACCUAUAAGACUUUACUGGAGGGUGAAGAGAGCAGGAUAUGCAUUUGGAGCCCUGUGAGAGUGUUGAUCACCACACCUUGCAACAGCUCCUCUGGCUGCAAAGCCAGCCUGGGCUGUGGACCUGGUCCGCAGUGCAGAAGACGCGGGUCCUUCUGUGGUGCCAGGAGAGCAUCCCAGCUGGGAGAUGCUGCAGCCUGCCAUGGGGGGUUCACGUCGAGAAGUGCCGCCAGCUCAGCAGGGAGCAGAGCUUCCCCCGAACCUCCACAUUCCGCCUCCACGGGAGCCACGAUGAGCAGACAGGCGCCCACGGUGAGGUCCGUGCUGGGACGGAGAGGUUUCAGCUCAGCCUCGGAGAUCUGCGGCCGAAGCUUCGCCGCCUCCGCCUGCCAGCCCGCCCGCUGCGGGGCUGGCGCCUACAGCAGCAGGAGCGUCUGCAACCUGGGUGGAAGCAGGAGAAUUUCCUACGUGAACGGGGUCUGUGGUACUGGAUGUUUCGGAGACUUCGGCUUCGGAGGUGUAGGCUACGGUGGUGUCGGAGGAAGGGUCGGCCUUUGCGGCCCCAGGGGAUACAGCAUCAUCAGAGGCUACCCCGAUCGCAAGGCUGACGGCAUCCAAGGCAUCUGCAUCGACGAGCGGCUUCUGAAGCCCCUCUGCGUUGGGGUCGACCCACUGGAGCAUGAAAUACGCUGCCAGGAGAAGGAGCAGAUAAAGACCCUCAACACCCAGUUUGCCUGCUUCAUCGACAAGGUCCGCUUCCUGGAGCAGCAGAACAAGGUGCUGGAGACCAAAUGGGGCCUCCUGCAGCAGUACGUGCUACCGAAGAAAGGGAAGAACCUCGAGCUGUACUUUGAGAACUACAUCUGUGACCUGCGGAAGCGCCUGGACUGCUUGCUGUGCGAAAAGCAAAAGCUGGGCAGUGAAGAGUGUGCCACGAGCCAGCUGGUAGAGGAGUUCAAGUGCAAAUAUGAAGAGGAAAUCAACAGGCGUACAACUGUAGAGAACGAGUUUGUAGCACUCAAAAAGGACGCAGACUGUAUCUUCUUGAACAAGGAAGAGCUGGAGGUGAAGGUGGAUCUGCUAAGAAGGCAAUUGGAGUUGCUGAAAUGUGUGUUUGAGGAGGAACGAGCUCAGGUAGAUCGCCAGUUAUGCGACACCUCGGUCAUUGUGAAAAUGGACAACAACCGAGACCUGGACAUGGAAAGCAUCAUUAAGAACGUGGAGUGCUGGUACCAAGAAAUAGCCCAGAAGAGUAAAGAAGAAGUGGAUGCCUUCUACCAAACCAGGUUUCAGGAGCUUCAGGAUAAAAGGGGCAAGUAUUGCGAUGAUCUGCAGAGCAACAAGUGUGAGAUUUCAGAACUAACCCGGAUGAUACAGAAGUUGCAGUGUGAGCUGGAGAAUGUGAAGAAGCAGGUCUCCUGCCUGCAAACUUCCAUCUGUGAUGUUGAGCAGCGCGGGGACUGUGCCCUGAAAGAUGCACGGGAGAAGCACGUUGAGCUGCAGAACGCCCUCCAGAAGGCCAAGGAUGAACUGGCUUGCAUGCUGCGGGAUUACCAGGAGCUGCUGAACGUCAAGCUGGCCCUGGACAUUGAGAUUGCAACCUAUAAGACUUUACUGGAGGGUGAAGAGAGCAGGAUAUGUGUGGGGAACCCAGUGAGCGUGUCUGUGGUCAGCAGCGGCUACAAUAUCCCUGAAGACUGCGGGAUGCUGGCUGCGAACGCAGCCGCGUGUGGCUACGGCUCCCUGGGGAGGCGGUCCGGACGCCACAGCUCCCAGAAUGGAGGGUUCAGCUCCCGGAGCGCCGGGAUCCAUCCCAAGAGAGUCAUGAGCUCGGUGGCGAAGCAGUGCGUCCCAGAGGUGUACUGCCAAGCCGGGGGCGUCAGCUGCAAAAACGGGGGAUUCAGCUCCCGGAGCGGCGGGUACCCAGCCCGCACUGUCAUCAGCACGGGAAACCCGGGCUUGAAUGCCAGGAUCGGGGCUUGCCAAGCUGGUGGCGUGGUCAGCUUUGGAAACCAAGGCUGCGUCAUCAGGCAGCUGGGGGGCUCCCCGGUCGUUGUUGCAAAUGGCCCCGAAGUUGUGGGGUGCAACAAUGGCGUGGUGGGGAAUUUCGGGGUUGUCAGAGACCCCUGUGUUGUUCCGUAG